UAUGUUUACAAUAUUUGUUGAUUUUUCAGCAUUACUAUCAUUACUAUAAAAUCGCAGUUACUGACAGUUACACAAAGUUUUAUUUCAAUUGUUCGAGCAAGGCAAGUUUCAGACCCAACGAAUAUACAUACUUAGAAAAGUGUUUAUAAAAUGUCUUCAGAUAGUUUAAGUUCUGAGCAAUUGGCAUUUUUAGAGAAAUGCAAUUACGAUUUUGCACAUAGAUUCACUGAAGCAGAUACAGAAUACAUGAAAGUAUAUCAUGAAGGAAUACCAAAUCCACCAAUAAUUAGCCCUUGGUAUGGCAAAACCAGGUUCAACAGGCAUCGAGGAGGACAUGGAAGCAGACAUCAUCACAACAGAGAUAAUUACAACUAUAAUAAGAGGGACAAUGAUAGAGGUUACAACAACUAUCAUUAGAUAUUAAUGUAAAUAGACAAAAAAAAUUAAAUUUGUAAACAUCAAUCAA